AUGGACACAGUUCAGGGCCCCUGCCUGCCCUGGGACGUGGAGCUCACAGCCACUGAGAAGGCCAUACCCCGGGAGCCCUGUGAGCGGCCCUCAGCCCUGCCUCCAGAAGAGGCUGAGCACUGCAGCUUCGGGGCGGGCUCGCUGUCCAGGCGGCGGCGCCCGCUGGCCCUGCGGGAGGACGGGCCCCGCCGGCGCGCGCACCUGCACAUCGGCCUGCCGCACGACUUCCCCCCCGUGUCCUCCAUCAUCGACGUGGACAUCGUCCCCGAGACGCACCGCCGCGUGAGGCUGUACCGGCACGGCUGCCAGAAGCCGCUGGGCUUCUACAUUCGCGACGGCACGAGCGUGCGCGUGGCCCCGCAGGGGCUGGAGAAGGUGCCCGGCGUCUUCAUCUCCCGCAUGGUGCCUGGCGGCCUCGCCGAGAGCACCGGGCUGCUGGCCGUGGACGACGAGGUCCUGGAGGUGAACGGCAUCGAGGUGGCCGGGAAGACCCUGGACCAGGUCACGGACAUGAUGAUCGCCAACAGCCACAACCUCAUCGUGACGGUCAAGCCCGCCAACCAGAGGAACAACGUGGUGCGGGGCAGCCGCGCCUCAGGCAGCUCCGGCCGCUGCUCGGACAGCACGGCCAGCCGCCACAGCCUGCCCGCGGCCCACGUCCUGCAGAGCUUGCCCCCGGACGAGACGGAGAGCGACGAGGAGGCCGACGUGGUCCUCGAGGGCGUGCUGGAGCCUCGGCUGGCGCCCAGGCCGCCUCCAGGCAGCCUCACGCGCAUCAACGGCGCGGGCCUGGCGCCCGGCCUGCACAGCCCCGGGCGAGAGGCCAGCGUCCAGAGGCUUCUCAGCUCGCUCCGCUCUGACCCCCGCCACAGCCUGGCCCUGCCCCCGGGAGGGGUGGAGGAGCACGGGCCGGCGGUCACCCUGUAGGGCCAGGCACCAGACAGCUCAGUUUACCAAGGAGAGAUACUUCUAAAAUUUUAUUCCAAUUUUAAAAUAAGAAAAAAUUGUAUACUUCAUUCCUCCUAUUUGUUGUUUUUACUUAUCCCUCCUUUUUCAUCCAUAACCCUAUUCUUUCAACUCAUGAAUAGAAAAAAAAAAACAAAAAACUAUUUUUAUAGUUUCUCUGUAGAACAUAAAAUACACACACAUGCACAGUCUAUACUAGCCCAGGUAUAGGGUCCAGCACCUUUGUGAAGUGGUAGAAAUGACCUAAAUGCAGAAAAUAUUUCAUUUUUAAGUUUUAAAAACAUACUUUUUAAAAUGAAGCCUUUAAAUUACUUUUGUAUUGGGUUGGCCAAAAAUCUCAUUCGGGUUUUUCUGUAAGAUUCUCUGGGAAAGCCUGAAGAAAGUUUUUGGCCAACCCAGUAAAUAGUUGUCACUGUGCUUUCCUGCAGACUUGCACUGAUCCUGCUGAUUGGCCAGAAGGCUGUGAAGGCAGAAUGUGGCAAGAAGGCAGAGAUUGGAAUUUAAAAGCAAGUGCACACAAACCUGUACUAAGCAUGACUGCAGAGGAUUAAUUUCAGAAUUUCACAGUUUGUAGUCCUGUCUCAAAUAGCCACCUCACAGGGAAGAGAGAACCCAUGUGAAGUGGUCAUGGUGGUUGUGGUGGCGGACUCACCCUGUGGGCAACUUUGUGAGGCCUUUGAAGGUGAAUUUAACUUUGGAAGAGAGUGGGAGGUGCAGCUCACCAUCUGUGAUCAAAAGCCAUUACCUACUCUGAGAUAAACACCAGUCAGUUCCUGGGACUGUGACUCUGAGGGUGGUUAUGACGUGUUUCCAUGAGGAAUGGUGGCCAAGGCAGCCACACGUCACUCGGGCUUCUGAGAGGUCUCAGCCAUUCAGAUGUGUGUGUUCUGCAUCUUUGCUUUUAAAUAACAAGUCACAUGAAAUGUAAAGAUUUUUAACACAGAGUAAAUUCAUUAUCACUUCCCUUUGAUAUUCUACCAAUAUUUACAUAUUUAGUCAUCUUAAAGUUUAUUCAUGUUUCAUCCAAAUUUUAUAUGAAGUGUAU